UUCUGUUUGAUCUUAAAGUCACUUUCUUCUUGUUUUAAUGUUUGAAUGGUUCAUUGAUCUGUUGUAAUCUUUGAUUGAUGAUGGGUUUUGGAAUUUAAUGAUGUAUAUGCUGUUACCAGAUGUUCGAUAGAUGUAAGCGUGGUUUAGCCUAAUUUCAUAUUUAAUGAACUAAACGCUUUACCUAAUAUCUAAUCUUUGUAUUAAUUGUCAUCAAAGUUGAAAUCUUGACGUUGAAAUAAUGACAUGAGCUUUUCUCUCUCUCUUUUGGUUUCUGUCUUAAACAUGUACUAUUGCUUUACUUGACUAUUUCAAAACAUUAUUUCUCUUCUGCAUUUUCGAUUUUGCUAUGCAUGUCUCAUAAAAGCAAAUCAAUUUGUGUUGUGUAAUGAAUCUAACUAGAUGAGGCUGUGUGUUGUGUAUUGAAUCUAUCUUUUGUUAUUUAUUUAAUGUUCUUCUGCUAAUGGAUUGUUAUGGCUUUUCAAUUUUUGUUGUGUAAAAAGGUUAUAAAUUUAUUGAUUAAUAUGUAUUGUUUUCAGUGGAUUUAAGGAUGGAAGCAGAAACGUCUUGGACCACUUAUCCGUACAGUUACAUCACCACAUAUGUCCCUGAAGCUGAAUCAUACUCUGACCAUAGCGACGAUGACGAGACCAAAGUCCAAACCUUUUCGAUGGAUUCUCUUCUCCCCAACGAUCUAUUAGAGAGAAUCCUCACCUUUCUCCCCAUCGCAAGCAUCUUCAGAGCAGGCACCGUCUGCAAAAGAUGGAACGAGAUUGUCUCUUCUCAAAGAUUCUUAUCGAACUUCUCCAACAAUAACUCUGCUCCUCAGAGUCCCUGGUACUUCAUGUUCACUAGCACAGACGACCCAUCCGGUUAUGCUUACGACCCGGUUAUCAAGAAAUGGUACGGUUUUGAUCUCCCUUGCAUCGAGAGUUCGAACUGGUUCGUUGCUUCCUCUUGUGGAUUGGUUUGUUUCAUGGAUAACGACUGUAGAAACAAGAUCUAUGUCUCGAAUCCGAUAACCAAGCAGUGGAGGAGGCUUACCGAACCGCCAGGUCACAGAUCAACAGACUACGCAGCGUUGUCUGCCUCUGUGAACAGAGCAAAACAGAGCUACUCUGUUUCUGUAGUGAAGUCGAAGCAAGUUCAGGGAGAUUUCUUCCAGUGGGAGCUCUCUGUUCAUCUCUACAGCUCUGAGACAAUGACUUGGACAACACGUUUAACCGAUGUCUUAGCCGGAUGGAGAGGAGGAGACGAGAGUGUGAUCUGCGGCAAUGUUCUUUACAUCUUGAUUUACUCAACAGGAGGGUCUGAUCAUCGCCACGGCUUGAUUGCUUUGAACCUAUCGACCAUAUCAUCCUCUAACGGAGUCUUGAUGAGGAGCUUUAUACCAAUGCCGUGUUCUUUAACCUGUGGGAGGUUGAUGAACCUCAAGGAGAAGCUUGUGGUCGUUGGAGGGAUAGGGAAACAAGAUAGACCAGAUAUUAUCAAAGGGAUUGGUGUUUGGUGUUUGAAUGGAGGAGGGAGAGAGUGGCAAGAAGUGGCGAGGAUGCCUCAGAGAUUCUUCCAAGGCUUUGGUGAGUUGGACGAUGUUUUUGCUAGUAGUGGCAGUGAUGAUAUGGUUUACGUUCAGAGCUAUGGAUCUCCUGCGCUUUUGACGUUUGACAUGAAGUUAAAGUGUUGGAAGUGGUCUCAGAAGUGUCCUGUUUCCAAGAAGUUCCCUCUUCAGCUCUUUACUGGGUUCUGCUUUGAACCAAGACUCGAGAUCGCUCCGUAGCUAAAGAAAGUGUUGCCCUUUUGGGUUUGUUUUUGCACAGAUAUUAUUCAAGAAUAUUGUUAUUUACAGUCUGGUACUUUAUUAAUCAUAGAAUUCUCAAAAGAGAUCCAUAUAGUUUUAAUUUAGUCAAUCGAAUCCUUACUUACAUGUGGCCCUAAUGGCUGGCUACCCCCACAAUAUCUCAUGAUUCUCAUUGUACUGAAAACUGGAGGUUGUCUUGUUGCUGUUCCUGUUGGAUAAAAUAAACCUUUUUAUAACUUAAUAAAAUUAAGGUGUAUUCAUUGUAGAUAGCUGUAAAUUGUUUUAAGAUUUUAUGUCUUUUUUUGUACUUGAGUUGAAACUGGACCUAGUUUGGUGAUGGGGUUUGUCAGGUUUGGCAGUGUUAGGUUUACAAGUGAUGGACAACAGCUAUUUGAAAUAGUCUUUGUUGUUGCAAUCUUAUAAUUUUCUAAUGCCAGUUAUUUCAGGUUUUAAUAGCUUUGAUAAUCUGCUUAAAUUUGAAUUAGCAUAUUAUUUACUCCGACCCAUCAAAUCAGUAGAGACCUAAAACAUCAAAUCGAAAGAAGAAGACUAAAACAAGUUGGCUUUGAUGUGAUGAUUUAAGACAAAACACAUAAAAAAUUUCACUAUAUGGUCAGAUCCGGUUUUAUGUAUUUAGAUGUCUAAAGAAUAAAUAUUUUUGUUCAUAAACCAUUUCUGUAUAUUAACAAAAAAAGUAUGCACUAAAACUUCUAUAUACAAUAUUUAUAAACUAGGUGAUAAUCUGCGCCUUGCGCGGAGCGAGAGAUUUUUAAAGUAUUAUAACUUUUAAUAUGUAGACAUAAUAAAAGUUAAAGUCAUAGUAAAAAAAAUAUAUGUAAGAAAGUACGAAUUAUAGCUAAGAAUUUUAUUAUGUCAAUAUAAAUUUAUAUGCGAUGGACUUUAAGGAGUUUAGAGAAGGAGGCAAUGGUAAGGAGAUGUAAACGAACAGUUCUACUAUUUAUAUCAACACGGAGCCUAGGUUUUUCCUCACCAUGUCAAAGUCUAUUACUGAAACCAAUAUUAAUGAUGGGAAAUUAAUACCGUAUAUAUCACUUGCCUGAUUUAUAAAUUGCGUGAUGCAUGGACGUGAAAUAGGUAAGGAAAAUCAGUGAUGGUCACGCAAAAAAUAUAUCAGAAAUAUUCCCCUAUCGAUUAAAGUAAGUCUUUCAAUUCUUUGAAUUUUGUUUCCUUGAAUACGUUAACAAUUCAAUUGUGUUUCCUUAACAUUUUGAAGCAUUAAGUGUUGGGAAUAAUUGGUUAUUUUCGAUGAAUUGUUAGCAAAAAUAUCAUAAAACGAUUUGAUAUGAACAUUCGUACAGGUUAUGAUAUGAACAUUAUGAUAAACGAUUUGUAUUAGUUUUAUGAUAAACAUGGUUUACUUGUUGCAAGAUUAGAUAUGAACACUCGUACAGGUUAUGAUAUGAACUUUCAUACAUGUUAAAAUUACCAAUUCAAACCGUAAAGAACUUAGUUGUACCACGUUUAAAGAAAGACUUAUUUUGUUGCCUUAUUUAAAUGAAACACUUCCAAAUUUUCGAACAUACCAUAAAAUCUCUCAUAGGAAGGAGUUAAUAUGCUGCCUUAACUAAAUCCCUGUUUUUUUUUUGAAAUCGGAAUGUAAUCAAGUGUAAAUGACUUACCAUAGACAUAAUCCGAAGGUUAUUUUUGAAACCGAAAAUCAUAUAGUAUAAUGUAAUGAUCAGUGACAUUUGUUUGUAAUUAUUCUAGUUGAUAAAUGAUUUUUUUUUUAAAUAAGUGAGAGUACAUGUGGUGAUGACACCUAGGAAAUAUCACUUAUGUAAUAAACACAUGAGGCCAAAGUUUAUUUCUAUCAAUGCUCCUCCUUUAAUAAGAAAGAGAUUUUGGUGUCUAAAACAAAUGUUUGGUGAGUUUUAGCUCAGUGUCAGCCAUGUUGAAGGUAACGUAACAAUCUUUAUAUAGCAUGAAGAUAUUACUGGAUCCACGAAUACACAAACUAAUCUGAAUAUAUGUGAAAGAGACAUAAUUUUACUAAAGUAAGCUAUAGUAGCAAAUCAUAUGUGAAACCGUAAUGAGAGUAAAGUAUUGAGCCAUCUGAAGAUCAUUCCAAUGAUAAAACAUCAGAUUGAUGUUCUUCUCAUACAACUCUGCUUUAAUGUGACAAUCUCUUUAUAUAUCUCAGUGCUAAUAUGACUUUUCAAUUGCUCUAAACAUUUUGGAGAUUAGUAACCACCAGUUGCUAUGGAUCUCAUCAAAACCAAACAUUCCAGCUCACCUACAACUAGUACACAAUCUUCACCAAACCUUUACCACCACAAGUUUCCAUUGACUUCAAAGUCAAACUUGGUUUGUUGGAGUUCUCCAUUCUAAAUUUGAGUAAAAUAUAAUGCUAAAAAUAACCUCACGCAGGCCAAGCAUCAUAUGUCCGUCCUCCAAGCCCACUCAGCUAAAACCGAACAUGCCUAAACCAACAACAGUAUUCUAACGAAUACCUGUAAAAAAACAAAAAGAACACGCUCCUCCAAAACCUGCUACUCUCUUAUCUUUAAAGAUGAUUUAUAUUAAAAGCUGUAUCUAAUGUGUGAGAGAGAGAUAAUACAUCAGAAUCUUUAUGUAGAUAUGAAUUACUUGAGCUCUAAAUUGUUCUAUGAACUCUAUAAAACCAUUUUUUUUAAAAGACUAUUUUGUAAUCCAUCCAUUGUAUGCAAGUGAAGUUGCCCAAUUUUGUUAGUUAGUUUUUGUUUACCUUAUAACUUAUUACUAGGUAAUAAUCCGCGCCUUGCGCGGAAUGUGAUUAUUUGUUUUGUUAUUUUUAAUAAAAACACAUUAAAUUUAUUUAAUCUGGAUAUCGGUUCGGUUUUAAGUUAUUUUUUAGUUUUUAAUCUCCUAAAAUAUAACCAUUAUUUUAAAUUAAUAUUUUAUUUUGGUUUGUUUUGUUAGAAUGUUUGAUUUUUUAGUUUUUUAGAAAAAACCAAAAAUUACUAUUAUUUGUUUAUUUUCAUGUUAUAAAUUUAAGAUAAUCGUCAUGUCGAACUAAUAGUUGUAUAUCAUAGUUUGUAAGCGGAUAAUAGUUCAAGAAAAAAAAAGAAAACUAUUAAGACAAAUCAUUUCACUACAAUUUGGUCGGUAGUGGAAGAAGCAUUAAGAAAAAAAUAUAUUUCAACUUCCAAAAAAAAAUAGAUACUUCAGUGGUGGUAAAUACUUAUAAGGUGCUCACAUCAAUGUGCAUAUGUAUGUGUAUGUAAAAGUA